AUGCCAAGGACAAAGGAAGAUUGGAAAGAGAUUGCUUCUGAUUUUGGGGAAACAUAUCAGUUCUGGAACUGCUUAGGGGCUUUGGACGGCAAGCACGUUACAGUUCAAAAACCGGCACAUUCUGGAGCAUUAUACCACAACUACAAAGGUCAUUUCAGUAUAGUUCUCAUGGCGUUAGUUAAUUCCAAGAAACAAUUUAUCAUGAUAGAUGUUGGUGCUAACGGUCGAAUAUCCGAUGGUGGUGUACUAUUUUAUACUAAAUUCUGGGAGCUGUAUCAAAGAGGUGACUUAAAUAUAUCAGAUUCGUCGCCUGUGCCAAAUACAGCAGAACCAUUUCCUUAUGUUUUCAUAUCAGAUGAAGCUUUUGCGCUAGGAAAACAUCUAAUGAAGCCCUACCCACAAAAUGCAUGCAAUAAUGAGCGAAAAACAUUCAAUUACCGACUAUCGCAUGCUAGAUCAGUUGUUGAAGGUGCCUUUGGGAUACUGAGAUCGAAAUUUGGAAUUUUUUACAAAGCGAUAUGUUUCGAGCCCAAAAAAGCUGCAACUAUAGUAGCAGCGAGCUGUUAUUUGCACAAUUACUUGAUGAAAUCACAGCCAAGGCUUUAUUUGGUAUUAAAUUGGAGAGUCACAAAACCAGAUAAUACUGAAUUACUUGAUUUGGAGCCCUCUAGUAUUCGAAAUACACUAAGUGAUGCGCAAACUACAAGAGAAAAAUUUUGUCAUUACUUUAAUAAUGAAGGUAAAUUGGAUAUUCGUAAAAUCGAUUAG